CCAGAUUGAAAGAAUUAUUCCCAUUCUCCGAGAAUCUACCAAUUUAUUUUAUUUUACCAAAAUUUUCGAUCUUUUUCUCAAAUAACCCAAUUUAUCCUGCCAAGUAACUUUGAACUUUCCCUAGAAAAAUCCAUCAUUUUACCGAGAAAAUCCUUCCAAGCUUCAACGAAGAAAAUGGCGAGCCUUCAAGACCCUGGUUCUUCCGUUUCCUUCACCGAUUUCCCCGAAGACGUCCAGCUCUGCGUCCUCUCCUUCCUCACGCCGCCGGAGAUGGCCGCAUUCGCUUGCACUUCGAAACGUUUCGUUUCGCUAUGCAUAAACGACGGUAAGCUCUGGUUCGCCAUGUGCGACCGGAGGUGGGGCUCGAAGACCCACAUCAAGCGAUGGGGCAAGGGAAACAUCUCCUACAAGCUGCUAUACAAGACCCUCAGCCAGUGGGAGAAUCUGAUCGGCUUCUCGCGCCGAAGCGGCGCCGGAGAAACCGCCGGCAUAUCAUCCCCGCCGUUGAUCUUCUUCGAGUGGGGCCCAUCCUUCCUCACCGCCUCUAGAGUUUCUCCAUCGAGAAACGGAACCUACAACGUGAUAAAGGCUCCUUUUUUAUGGAUGAGCCUCUCGCCUGAGGGGCAAACCGUGAACUUCCUCGACCCCGACGGCCGGAGCGAAAUCUCCAGGGAUUUCGCGAUCUCCGAAGGCUUUGAUUGCGCAGAGAGCGAUCUGGUCCCCGUCAAUGUGAGUUUCAUGGGGAAAACGCAUUUUGUUGUCGAGGAAGAUUUGAGCUUUGCGUAUAAGAACGGGGUUCGCAGAAGUUCGAGCUCGGCGAAUCUGCGCGGAGACGAGGAGGAUGUAAUUGAAGCGGAAAUGGGGUCUCCGGGGAGCUUACCGGACCGGUUCAUGUCGGAGAUUUAUCAGUACUUUGCGAACCGGACGAGCCCCGUUGGGGACAGGACGUCAAGGAGCCAGAGGAGGAGAGAGAAGGAGAGGCAAGCGAGGAGGAAAUGGGAGCCUCAACAUUUCGUCAAGAUUGUUAAUUGCUCGCCUACUCCGUCUCGGCCAUUGCAGGGCCUGUGGAAGGGAAUUUAUGACGACAUGAACCUGGGCAUCUAUCUCGUUGCAUAUGACGAUAUUGAUGGCAUUUCUUGCCGAAAGGUUUGGAACUCGCGGGAAAAUUUUGCCAGUUAUGGUCCAGUAUUCUGGACAUCAAACAUUACAUUUGUGGAGUCUCCAUUUUCUUCUGAGGAAGAAAAUCUAUUCGCUAGUCGCUUACAUCUUCGCCCACUUCCGGAAGCAGAUUGGAUUGAGAGUCCCGCAUCAGCAGAGAACAAUGUGGUCUCUCGCAUUCUUUAUGUCAACUCAAGUUAUGAUCUGGUUAUUCCACACAUGGCAGGAACUACUGCUAAUCCACAGCUUGUGGAGGGAAGGAUUUGGCAAUAUAGGGACGGAACAUUUGGAUUCGGGUUUCUUAGGGACAAUUUUAUUAUAGACCUGAAGCAUGUGUCCGAGAAUGGUUGUCUCCUUGAUGCAGUGGAGUCUUCCUGUGACUGAUAUUUCUAGUCUCAGAAAGUUCUGUACAGAUGUAACAGCCACUAACUUGGUGUUGGCCCUGUAUAACAUAUUUAUUGAGAUGUCAUCAUCUCAAUUGGUUCACUUUCACCUUUGUUUCAGCUCAUGUUCUUUCUU